AUGAAGGUCUCCGUGGCUGCCAUUCCCUUCUUCCUCCUCAUCACUAUCGCCCUAGGGACAAAGACUGAAUCCUCCUCGCAAACUGGGGGGAAACACAAGGUUGUUAAAAUACAGCUAAAGUUGGUAGGGGGACCUUACCACCCCUCAGAGUGCUGUUUCACCUACACUACCUACAAGAUCCCGCGUCAGCGGAUUAUGGAUUACUAUGAGACCAACAGCCAGUGCUCCAAGCCCGGAAUUGUCUUCAUCACCAAAAGGGGCCAUUCCAUCUGUACCAACCCCAGUGAUGAGUGGGUCCAGGACUAUAUCAAGGACUUGGAGGAGAAUUGA